AUGAUUCGCAACGACGUUGAGUACCGUACAGGAGGUAGUCAUAUAGAGUCGCACAGUGAGGUGCGUUCCACAACCUCCCGCUCUGAAGCUCACACAAUAAGACAGAUUCGUGUAGCGGAAAAUCACGAGAUUGGAACUCUAAAUGACCGACAUGCAGACUAUAUUUCGGAAGUACGUUUUCUCCAAGCAGUUCACCGUAAGCUAAAACUGCGUCUGGAUCAAUGGAUGAAAUAUCAGAAGCCCAGCUAUCUUACUGGAUCUAUUUCUGAGACCGUGAUUGGCAGCGCAGAGACAAAAAUCCGAUACGAUGCUGAGGCAGAGAAAAUCCCUUCCCUCAACAUUGAGUUGAAUAACACUCGCUCAAGGUACGAGUCAGCUCUACGCGGUCGCGACCUCGCCGCUGAAGACUCAUUGCUCGUGAGGUUGUGCGAUGUGCGUUCACAGAUUUGUCUUGCCAAGGGACGGGGGAAAGUGAUCCAAGAAGAAUGUCAGAGACUCCGAAACGAAAACCAAAAGCUCAUCGAUGAUAUCGCAUCACAGCGACAGAUCUUCGACAGAGAAACACAGGAACGCUACAGUUAUGAACGUCGUGCACGUCCGCUGCUGCAGGAGUGUGAGGACUUAUUGAGGAAAUGCAAAAUGGAGACCGCUACGAUCCCAGGAUAUUCGUUCGACGAUAUCGAAAAGGACAGAAAGCAUUUCCGUGAAGGAAUCGCCGCCUCAAUGGGUGACAUCCGAAGGCAAUAUGAUAUUUUGGCAAGCACAGUAAAUUCGGAAAUGGAACAAUGGUAUAAGGAACAAGUCGUUGGAAUUGACAUUAAACAACGUGAAGAUGCUUCUUCUUACAAGAAGAAACUGGAAGAUUUACGAGCCGAAUUGGUUGCUGUACGCACACAGUUGGCUCAUCUGGAAGAACGCAAUCGUCUUCUGACAAGCCUGAUUGGCGAUUUCGAGGAUGCCAGAGAACAGGAGCAGAAGAUAUCCGAUAGCUGCAUGCAAGAAGAAGAGACGAAUAUCAAACGACUCAUCGAACGCUACAACGACCUCCUCUCGGCUCCAACCGCUCGCGAUGAGAAGUACAGCGUUGCUACCCUACGCGUUGAAAUCCUGAGAUACCGAGAACUCCUCGACAGUGUCGGACCGAGAAGCAAUCGCGAUAUUUCCUCCAUCCUGAGAAGUGCAUUCGAAAAAAUGGAUUCACGUGUUGGUGUUCGUCGCACGUCAACACAUGAAUCCACAGGUAUCGGUUCUGGUGCGGUUCAAAUUGGUGGAGGCGUGAGCACGACAUAUGGCGGUGGUGGUCUGACCCAAACUUACAGUGCCACAAAAACGACUUACACGUACAGUUCCGGGACAUCUCAGAUUGGUGGCGGAGUAACGUCUCAAGCUCAUGUCGUUGGAGGUGCAACGAUCGGAUCUGGAGCGACGUCCCAUGGCGGUAGCGUCGGCUAUGCUGGCGCCACUUCUCAUACUCAUAUUGGUGGUGGAGCCACAUCCCAGACCUAUGGUGGCGGCAGCUCCUCUCAUACUCAUAUUGGUGGUGGAGCCACAUCCCAUACCUACCAGGAACGCGCUACCUCUCAAGGUCAAAUUGGCACCGGAGCUACAUCAGAUUCUCGUUCCGAAACUGGUGCCGUUGUGAUGCCGCACAUCGGCCAGGGAGUAGCAGCUCAGGACAUCACUUCGGAUGGCAGCGCAUGGUCAAGCAAGCAAUAUACCUGGACGGAUCGUAAACAACCAACUGUUGUUUCAACUAUCGACUAUACUAUCCGAGAUGAACGAGACCCGGCUCAAAGAUCGGGAGCCGAUCACGAGUACACAAUGCAACGUUCAGCUCAAGGAAACGUUUCUAUUAGCAAAGUAGCACAUGAUGGCUCCUAUGUUAUAAUCGAGAACACCUCCAUGGAUAUUGAUCAACAUAUUGGAGAGUGGACGCUUCGUAGUACCAGCUCCUCGCUUAAACAAGUGUCUUACACGUUCCCACGUGGAUUUACCCUAGCACCACAGACUACAGUGCAGGUGUUCGCGCGCGGUAAAGGUGAACAUAAUCCACCUCACACAGUUGUUUGCGAAGCAGACUCCACCUUUGCAACUGGUGAUGAUCUUGACAUUUACCUAUAUGACAAUAACGGUCAGGAACGUGCUCGUCUCAAUCAACGUUCAUUUUUCCGCAGCGGUGCCACACUAUCAACUUUCUAA